AGUAGAACACCUCUGUCUCGUUCGGUUAAGGUGUUUUCGAGCAAUAUGUCUUCCCUCCAGCCGAGAAAAAUGCAACCGCUCCUCCUCUUUCAGAUAUUAAUUUUCGUUUGCUUAUUUGCAUCCGGCAGCAGCGCUAUUGAAUCAGUUGAGUCAACGUUAGCAGCUCAACUUGGGCCGGCAAAUAGUGCAACAGUUAAGGACAACGUCAAAGAUUUAACAGCAUCCGCCAGUGAUCGAACGUUUCAUCUUAACAAAGACUAUGGCCAGCUCGGAGGCUACGGCGGAGGCGUGCCGUACGGAUCUUACUACGGUUCGCUUUAUGGUCCUAAUACAGGCUACCGAGGUUCAGGUUUAAGCUCAGGAUACCCUAUUUCGGGCUAUAGAGGUUACUCGAUAACUGGGCCUGGUGGAAUUACCGGUGGCGGUCAUAUAGGAUACGGCUAUUACGGAAACACUGGAUACAAUCCUAGUUACAGGGGAUACGGAGGAUAUGGUGGAUACGGUGGAUACGGUGGAUACGGAGGAUACGGAGGAUCUAAUGGUUAUGGUGGAUACGGAGGAUACGGUGGAUACGGAGGUUACGGUGGUUAUGGUGACGGCUACAAUUUAGGUUCUUUUGGCGAAGUUUACGAUGGUGGAUACGGCGCCCGGGGUAGUUAUGGACGUUACGGUGGCUCGGACGUUUAUGGCUAUGGGUCGGGAUACGGUCUCUACGGUAGACCGAGUUACGAAUUCUCGAGGGGCAACAAUCCUUAUGGUUAUCGUGGAAAUAGCUAUGGAGACAGCACUUUAAGUUAUCCAUCGGGAUACAGGGGUUACUCUUAAGAUUUGCUAUCGAGAUCGAACUGAAAGUACCGUGGAAUUUUAUUAUACUUUCCGUUGACGUAACGAGGAACGCAUGAAUCAUUGCAGCAGUAUCCACAGAUACUGAUUUAACUGUGUAUGUGGCAUUCAAACUUACAUUUGUUUCGCGCAUUAAUAUAUGGGGCGUUCGCAAUGUUUAGUUUUUAUUAAUAUUUUCUACGAUGUACAUAAUAUAUUACCGAUGAUAAUAAAUAAUACUUAAUACGUUUA